AAAUAUCUUUAUGAAAACUAUCGACAUAUUUGUCUGCGUCAGAAGGGACGCGCAGUACAUCACUACAGCUGUCAAACAUUUUGAAUUAUCUUCGCAGUGUGUUGUGUUUUGUGUUUGUAAAACUAAUGUUUUCAUUAUAAAAACAUACUGUAAUGUCUUCUUCGGACUCCGACGACGAUUGCUACGGUAAUGUGGCUCAACAAUUAGAAAAAUUAAAGAAGACUUUUGUCAAAGAAAAGUUGGAAAGCUACAAAUUAGAUGAUUCACUAGAAUGCGGUGAAUCUAGCAAAGAAUUGCCUAGAAAUGAAGAAAACACAUCAAUAGUGGUCGCUGAUGAUUGUAAUGUAACUGUAAAUAGUACGGAUAACGAUGAAUUCUCUCUAGACGCGAUUAUAGCGAGGAACAGUAAGGCUAAACCGAAGCGAGGUCGGGGUGGGAAAAGGAAGAUCAGUGACGCGUCCCCGGGCUCGUCUACGCGGGAACCGCCGCCAGGAAGGCGGAAAACUCGGAACUCACGACGAGGCAGGAGUAGUUCUGUAGAUAGAGAUCAAAAUACGUCGUCUGUCGAACAAAAUUCUGUGAUAGAGGAACCAGUUUCUGAGCCACCACCGCCUGUAAGUGAAACUGCUACUACUUCUGCUCGAGGUAGAGGGCGAGGGGCAAGGAGAGGUGCAGCAAGAGGCAGAGGGACUAGAGGGCGAGGCCGCGGCCGCAUCCGCACGCGCAGGGAACUGUGGGCCAUCUUCGACAACAUAUUCGACAGAAUUGAUAACCGUAACGCAGCCGACUACCCCAUAUACAGUGUAGGCAACACUGACGAAUACCCCGACCAGAGCGAUAACCAAGCACUAUUCUCAACAACACCAGCCAAUAACGAUGUCCAAGUCAUCGAUGAUGAUGACGACCCAUUGGAAAACGAUAACGAAGAAAUGUCCGUUAAAGUGUACUGGCAGAACCUUGAAGUGUUUAAAUUCAAUAUAAGGAAAUAUCAGAAAUUAACACAGAUAUUCAAUUACUUUAUGGAUAAAGAGGGUGUUAGUAACGACAAAUUAUUGUUUCUUUAUAAUGAUAGGAUUAUAAAAAUGGAUGAUACUCCAGACUCAAUAAACUAUAGUAUAGCGAAGUUUAUAGACGGUGGUAUCGUUAACCAGAAUGUGUCACAUUUGGUAACGAAGAAUAGUUCGGAGAAUGUGGUUAACGGGAUUAAGGUUAAGUUUCAAUGUCAGAAUGUGAAGAAACCGUUUGAGACGACGUUGGGAGCGGACGAUAAGUUCGCGUCGGCCAUGAUGAAGUGUGCAGAGCACUUGGAAGUGCAACUAGAAAGACUGAAAUUCUAUUUCGAUGGAGAUUUGAUAUCAAAUAAAUCCACUCCUCGCGAACUCGAGCUGGAAGGUGGUGAAUGCAUCGAUGUAAAGAUUUCUAGUUGAUACUUGGUAGUAAUAUUUAGAAAUAUAAUUAUUAAUAAACAAUUAUGAUUUGUUUUA